AUGAGCAUUCCUCACGAUGAACGUAUUUCAAGACUAGCUGAAAGGCUUACAAGUCUUCAAGGCAAGAUGGACAAUCACCGCUCCCAAAACAUGGAAGGCUUGGACUCAAAGCUCAAAGGCAUUGAAGACCUUUUCAAUGAUUUCCAAGACCAGUCCUCUAGAAAGUUUAACGUUCUAAAAGACCAAUUGACCAAGCUUUAUAAAGGAAUUGAAGAAGAAAGCGAAAACAGAGAGUCCCUUGCAGAAGCCAAAUCUAGAGAAAUCAAAGGAAUGGAAACUAGGAUCAAAGGAGUUUUAGAAGCUGAAUUUAACUCCCGAAGAGAAAUCGAGCAAAGAAUGUAUGCAGUUUCUACUCAGUAGCCCAUAAAAUAUGGCUUAAUAUUCAUAAGACAAUUGAAGGAAAACUCUAUAUAAUCAGAUUGAAGAAAAAGCAAAUAUUAUUAGAAAUGAGCUGAAAAAAGAAAGCCAGCUACGACAAGAGUCUAUCGAUACCCUUCAACAAUACUUAGAUGUCGACAUUCCCAAGAUCCACGAAGCACUAAAAGCUGAAAAUGAGGACAGAGAACAAAUGGAAGGAGCUAUAAUGAAGCAGUUUCAUGAUGACAUGGACAAGCUGUACCAAGCUUUUUAUCAAGAGAAAAAGCAAAGAGAAGAGAGCGAAGAAAAUUUGCAGGAAUAUUUAAAAGAGGUUGUCCUUAAUUUAAAAGCAGAUAUAGAUAAAGAAAAAAUAGAAAGAGAGACAACUGAAGAAAACACUUUUAAGCGGCUCCAUGAAAAAUGACCGUGGAUUUUUGACAGUGUAAAUUUCAUCGAAAUCCAUUUGGUCGAAAAUCUUUGACAGGCGGACAUUUGGCCGAAAAGUAACUUUUUUUUCGGUCAAAUGUCUCACUAUCAAAAAUUUUCGAUCAUUUUUCGGCCAAAAAUUUUUCGGUGAAAUGGACACUAUCAAAAAUCCACAGUCAUUUGAUAUGCACCCACUUUUAAGCCUACUUGAAGCUACUUGUACAAAGCUCAACGCAGCUUCUCAUCUUUAA